GAAUGCUUUUGCUUCGGACGACUUGACAUACGAGACGUGUCCUGCAAAUGCGAAGAGAUGAAAGCUAACGUUGGCUAUCUUUCUAAAAUUCAAGUAUCCGCUAACUUUCAGCGUCUUUAGUUGCCUUCAGUAGUUUUUUCCAGGUACUAAAAUUAUUCACCAGUGUUUCCGAAAGGCGUGUAGUUUGUGACAGAGACCUCAACUGCAGUGAUAAUGGAUUGAUCCAUGCUCCUGAAGAAGCCAAGAAUGGAUUGAGGUGCGGAAGCUAGCGUUAGCCGGCUAGCCAUGGAGGGAGAGAGAGGAGGUUGUGACUUUGCAUUGUUAGCCUUCAUUCCGUAAAAUGGCUUCAUAUUAACGUUAGCCCGUCCAAAAGAGCUAAUCAUCCAACGUCUCCAAUUCGCGUUACAGUGCGCCAGCGCUAUGCUGCAUACACGCCCAUGUAUGUCUGCUGUCAUCUACAUACUGCAGACCCCCAUUUGGCUGACAUUACACUACAUGGACCUCAUUCUGCUUUGAAGCGAGCCUUUCUCUCUUUGCAGCCACACACACAGGCCCGACUCGUCCCUAAUAUGCUAAACUUGCCUUAGGUCGUCUAGAUCGAAGUUUACAACCUAGAUUUCAUUGAAACCCUAUUCCCCUGGGGUGACACAGAUUCACGUUAACACGGUGUGAUUAAACUUUGCUCAAGUUGGACACGCUCCUCAGCCGGGUCAGUGUUGUAGGCGAUCCCCUCUCAGUUGUAUGGGAAACUGCGCCGGCUGCAGUGGGACUGUUGUAGGUCAACGAUGGGAGGUUCGGUGUCUUGCUGCAUCUCUCCUGGAGAGAGUCCCAAGAUCCACAGGCGGGAGGUGGAGCUGGAGGAGUGUCCCAUCACCACCGCCGAGGACGUGAGCGAGGACACGGGAACGUACCUGCAGCACAUCAGCGACAGGGAGCUCCCUGAUGUUUUCAUUUUUGCAGAACUAGCCCAAGAGGCCAAUCCUUCCGACCACCCCAGAGCCAGCACCCUGUUCCUCAACAAGUCACAAACAGAUGUACGUGAGAAAAGGAAAAGCAACUACAUGAAUCAUAUGUCACCAGGGCUCCUGACGAAGAAGUACAGUUCCUGCUCAACAAUAUACAUCGAUGACAGCACUGUCAGCCAGCCAAACCUCAAGAGCACCAUCAAAUGCGUCGCACUGGCCAUAUACUAUCACAUCAAAAACAGGGAUUCGAACCGCUCAUUGGAUAUAUUCGAUGAGAAAAAGCAUCCGCUAUCGCGAGAGAAGGUUCCAGAGGAUUACUGCGUGGUGGACCCAGAGCACAAGCUCAUCUACCGCUUCAUCAGAACGCUCUUCAGCUCCGCGCAGCUCACGGCCGAGUGCGCCAUUGUCACUCUAGUGUAUCUGGAGAGGCUGUUGACUUAUGCUGAGAUGGACAUCUGUCCCUCAAACUGGAAGCGCAUUGUUCUUGGAGCCAUCCUGUUGGCCUCCAAGGUGUGGGACGACCAGGCUGUGUGGAACGUUGACUACUGCCAGAUCCUCAAAGAUAUCACUGUGGAGGACAUGAAUGAGAUGGAGCGCCACUUCUUGGAGCUGCUUCAGUUCAACAUUAACGUCCCGGCCAGUGUCUACGCCAAGUAUUAUUUCGACCUGCGCUCUCUUGCCGACGACAACAAUCUCAGUUUUCCUCUGGAGCCGCUCAGCAACAAGCGGGCUCAAAAAUUGGAGGCCAUCUCCAGGCUGUGUGAGGACAAGUACAAGGACCUGAGUAAAUCUGCCAUGAGAAGAUCUGUGAGUGCCGACAACCUAGUCUGCAUCAAGAACUCCAAAGCUGUCCUCUCUUGAACAAACACUAAGGUGGAACGAACAGUAUCGGAGUGUGAGGCUGUGAUGCCGCGCUCCAGACGCUCAUCAUAAAGAGUGACAUUGCAUUAAUGUUAAUAGUUGGUGAGUUUUUUUUAUAAAUUACAAAAUGAAUGUAGACUUUGGGAUGGAACAAAAAAAUCAUACAGUAUCUCCAAAAUAAACGUAAUCGAGUCUGUGUAUUCGUUACCAAGGUCUUCAGGUAUCAGCCUCUAAAGCAUGGUAAUUUGGUGAAGUAUUGUGCAGACCGUCACAUUUUUAUUUUCUAAUAAUGGCUAUGUAACUUUGGAAGCCGUUAGCAUGCAGUGGCUUCCUGAAGCCACACUCACUGAGGACGCUCCUCAUCUGUUUCCUGUUCUUAAUCAGACGAUCUUUUGGUCACUUCUCUGGUUCUAGUCCCAUCCUCUUCACCAGACAUAUCCCUCCACCUCUUGAACUACCCUGUGGUGUAGUUCGACACAUGGACAAAGUGUAGACUGUUUUGCUUACUAUGUAGGCCCCUAUAGCUGUGAAAUGUACAAGACUUUAUUUAAUUCAAAUAAAUCUCAGUCGCUGUUUAAAGUUGA